AUGUCCCACAUUGCAGCUCUUGCCACGGCCGCCCACGAGGACUCCUCCUCAAAGAACUUUCCAGGAGAGGUGGAUUUGGAGGGGUUUGAGCUUCAAUUGGACGAAAUGAGGGCCCACAAGGCAACUCUUGAUGCCAUCCUCGGGGACUCCUCCGCAAAGGACCCUUCAGGAUAG